AUUACAGUAGUGUUUUGUCAUUGGUCAAUUAGGUGAGAUAAAAAAAAAGUAACACACUCAACUCGUUGGGGCUAAGUUAUAAACUACUUGCAUUGAGGGCAAUGAUGUCGUGUGUUGAGUUGUGUUUUGUGUUGUUUCUGUAACAAGUGGAAUGCCAUGGUUUGAGAGUUGAAUUAAAUUAAGAAGAUAUUCAAAAUUUAAAAAAACCCAUGGAUUUAUUCAAAAUGACUAAUAGUGCUCUGGUGAUUAUCUUCUUCUCAACAUUGUUUGAGUUAGUUACAUCACAAGCCCCUUUACCAAUAAAUAAAAUUGAAUGGCCACACGAACCUAACCCUAUAGUUGUAAAAGAAGACUCACCGAUUGGAACCAAUUUAGCCAAACUGAGUGUAACAGGUGGAAAACACCCAAGACUAAAUUCCUCAUCGGAAUAUGUAUCUCUCAUUCUUACUUCGGAGAAUUUGACUUACGCAACAUACCAUGCUGUCUUAAUCAAAGCUCUUGAUUUUGAGACAAUGGGAUCAACAGUAUUUGUCCCUUGUACUGAACGUAAUGACGAUUAUAGCAAAAUACCAUUUACACUCCGCGUAUAUAUCACAGAUGUCAAUGAUGAGACACCAGUAUUCUUAAACCGUCCGUAUUCAAUAAACGUGGCUGAGAAUGCAAUGGUUGGACAUGUGGUCUACGAUCUCAUUAAAGCAAACGACGCUGAUUUUAGUGACAGACAGUUGAAAUACUAUUUUGAGGUAGAUCCUAAAAUUACUGAUACAGAUUACAAGUCCAAAUUUGUCAUUAACGAGAGUACAGCUCAAGUUACUUUAAAUGAAACUCUUGACUAUGAGACAGCAAGAUUUUACCAGUAUACUGUUGUAGUGAGGGACUCCAAUAAACACAAUGCUACAACAGAUGUAUUUAUUACAAUAGAAGAUGUGCAAGAUGAGCCUCCAUACUUCACUGGUACACCAUACUUGAUUUCUGUACAGGAGAAUUCUAAAGUAGGGACAUCUUUGCUGGUAGUAAAGGCUGAAGAUGGAGAUAGAGGAUUAUCUAACUCUGUGACUUAUAAAAUAGUGAAUGAAACCUGUCCUGGUUUGUUUGAGAUCACUCCAGCAUCAGGGGAAGUAAGGCUAAAAAGUGUUCCGGACAGGGAUAAAGGAAUAGUGCAUGAUAACAAUGGAAUUUGUACUCUAACUGUUGAAGCAAAAGAGGGUCAAACAUAUCCUCAGUCUAUCCCUGGUAGAGAUAAGCGCACAGAAGAAGUUACCAUUACUAUUGAAGAUGUUGAUGACAAUGAACCACAGUUUAAUUCAAAAUCAUAUGAUGCCAUUGUUGCAGAAAAUACACCAAAUGGUGUUCCAAUCAUUUUAUCAUCUACUAUGAGAGUUGAAGAUAUUGAUCAGGGACCAAAUGCAAAUUUUAAGGUCAGCGUUCUCAACUUGCCCAAUAUGUUUGAAGCGAGCCCAUCUAUUGUACAGUCAACAGCUGACAUAAUAAUUCGAGUCAAAGAUACUGCAUACUUGGAUUAUGAGCUGAGGGAGAGAAUAUCAAUUGUGAUUGAAGCUAAGCCUGUGAAUGCUGCAGCUAAUGCUAUUGGUAACACAGUGGAUGUAACUCUAAACUUGACAAAUGUCAAUGAUGAAACUCCUAAGUUUGAUCACUUUCAACAGACUGUUUCCAUUCCAGAGAAUGUAAAUCUAACAUUUAGCGUAGCAACAGUACUGGCAAGAGAUGCAGACAAAAAUGAUGAUGGCAAUAACUUCGGUAAAGUAACUUACAGGAUAGAACCCCCUGAUGCAAAUUUUGGAAUUGAUUCUACCAGAGGACUUAUUUCUACCAAGACAACUCUGGACAGAGAGACUAAAGAUUCUUAUUAUAUUACCAUUGUAGCUGAAGAUGGGGGACAUUCAAAGGUGACAAAUCAGAUGUUAAUUAAGAUUACAGAUGUCAAUGAUAAUAGUCCAUCUUUUGUAACUGACGACUAUCAAACAUCUCUGCAGGAAAUGGAUACAAAAUUUGCCAGGCCUGUUAUAGUCCAUGCUACUGACAAUGAUGAGCCUGGGUCACCAAAUUCUCAAGUCAGUUAUCUUAUUGUUUCAUCCACUCCUUCUAAUUUGUUAACUCAUUUCAGUAUAGACAGUUCCAGUGGAGCACUGACUGUAAAGUCCCCACUGUCAUAUGAAAAUGUGUUUUCUGGGCACGGACAAAACCAAGGAAACAUAAUUUUGACAGUCAUGGCCAAAGAUAAUGGUGUCCCACCCAGAAACUCAGCUGUAAAUGUUACAGUAAUGUUGCAGGACAUCAAUAAUCAACAUCCUGUGUGUAGUCAAUCAAAAUACACCACAAGUAGGGCCGAAGAUUCAGUGCUUGAUGUAGCUACUGUCCAUGCCACAGACAAAGAUGGAACUGCUCCAAAUAAUCUCAUCUUGUAUAGCAUUGAUCAGAGCAGUUCAGAGAAGUUUAUCAUUGAUAGCAGUUCAGGAAGAAUAACUCUACGCAGUCAGUUGGACCGAGAGGUUCAGCAUCACUAUAUCAUAGCUGUAACAGUGACAGAUCUAGGGAAUCCGCCAUUAAGUGGCAGUUGCCAGGUGGAGGUUGAAGUUACAGAUGUCAAUGACUCACCUCCUGUUUUUAAAGAAAAAGCUGUCACGACCAAUAUCAAAGAGAAUACAAUUUUUUCUUAUGAAUUAGUGGCAAAUGAUUCCGACUUGAAUCCCAAUUUGUCUUACUCUAUCGACUGGGAUAAGUCCAGUGGCUUGAAAGUAAAUGGGGAAUCUGUUGAUGGAUCAGAGCUAAAGAAUUGGAUUCAAAUUCAAGAUCCACACCAUUGCAAAGUGACUUCAAAGAAAAAUUUUGACAGAGAAGCUAUCACAAAAAUGACAAUAGAACUCCUGGUAAAAGACUUGAAUGGAAAAGUUAAUGUACCCCAGACUGAUUCCGCAACUCUAGUGGUUGAUAUACUUGAUGUUAAUGACAACGCUCCAUUUUUUAAUGGAGGCCCAACACUUGUUGCUUCUGUAAGAGAAAACUUGCCCAUCAAUAGCUCUGUGACAUUCGUGACACCCACAUCUUUGGAAAUUACAGAUCCAGAUGAAAAGGGACCAAACAGUGAAUAUCAAGUGACAAUUGAGGAUGUGACCAAUAUAUUUGACAUAAGUCCAACUCUUGGAGAAGGACACCAAGCUUUUGUAAUCUUAGUUAAAAACUCAAUUGCUUUGGAUUAUGAAAAGAUACAAUCUGUUACAGUUAAGAUUAUUGCAAAGAAUCAGGCAUUCUCUAGCACUGCAACAGUCACUAUAAAUAUACUGAAUGAAAAUGACAAUGUACCAGUAUUUGAAAGAAGCACAUAUUCAGCCUCUGUUGCAGAAAUGUCUCCACCACAUGCCAAUGUCAUCAUUUCUAUAAAGGCAUUAGAUAAAGACUUGGGACCUUAUGGUGUAGUGAGCUAUUUUCUUACAGAUGAUAGUGGAAAAUUUCAGAUUGAUAAGAACACAGGAUAUGUAACUACACGAACUGGAGAUCUUGACCGGGAGACCAAGUCAAGCUAUACCCUGAUAAUAACAGCCAAAGAUGUGAAUGGUUUUUCAUCACUUACUCAGCUUACAGUCACAGUCACUGACAUCAAUGACCAGUCUCCAGUUUUUGAUCAGCAAAAUUUUGCCGUUACAAUAGAAGAAGGAGAAAAGAAAUUUCUUCCCUCGUUUUUUGUACAUGCUACAGAUGCAGAUGAUCCCAAAAGCCCGAACAGUCAAGUUGAAUAUUCACUGAUACAUGCUACGACUGCUCCCCUAUCAAACUUUAGCUUGGGCUCAACCUCAGGGGAGCUUUUAAUACUCUCACCUUUGAACUUUGAAGCACUGAGUAACAAUGGAGUCAUUGUCCUUCAUGUUCAAGCCAAGGACAAAGGUCAACCAGCUCAUUCAUCAAGCGCUACCAUUACAGUCACGGUUCUGGAUAUCAAUGAUGAGAAACCUGUCUUCCCAAAGAGCUUGUACAGUGUUGUCAUUUCUGAAAGUGCUACAAAAGGGCACUCUGUUACCCAGCUUCAAGCAACAGACAAGGACAAGUCCAGCACAAACAAUCAGGUCAGUUACAGCCUUGACGCUCUGAGUAACAGCAAGUUUAGCAUCAAUCCAACAACAGGGGAAAUAACCGUGAAAGAUGUUCUAGACAGAGAGCAGGUCGAUCACUACAGCAUAAUUGUCACCGCAGCAGAUAAUGGUCUGCCUGUGCAGACGUCUACAGCAACAGUUUCUGUAACAGUCACCGAUGUCAACGAUUCACCGCCCCAGUUUUUUAAAAAAUCUGUCAGUGUUCAAAUAACAGAAAAUGUGCAUCAAGUCAUCACUGAUUUUGAUGCUAGAGAUGCUGACCUAAACCCAGAUCUUGUGUAUUCUAUUGAGUGGUCUUCAAGCUCAGGAGUAGAUGGUCAUGGUCAGUUUCUUAGUGGAGACAAAUUGAAGGGCUGUAUAACAAUAAACCCACACACUGGAGAAGUAAGCACAGUAAAUGUCCUGGAUAGAGAGUCCAUACAAAGAUUUCAGUUGACUGUACAAGUUGAGGAUGUACAUGGUAUCCCAGGAACAAAUCAGCUUGACAGUGCUGUCUUGACUGUCGUAGUCGAUGAUGUAAAUGAUAAUCCGCCCAAAUUUAAUGGUGGUCCCCAUUUUACUGCUGAAGUACAAGAAAAUAUGCCACAUGGAAGUGAAGUGAAGCUUGAUGGUGUUUCAGGCCUGUACAUCGAGGAUCCUGAUGGUGUCAACAAUAAUAUAUUUAAUAUAACUGUAAGCCAGAACAAUGCAUUUUCGAUUGGGCCACUAAUUGGAACAGGCAGCAGCACAUGUGUUAUUAAAGUAGCUGAUUCUACUUUGCUUGAUUAUGAAAAAGUUCAGAAUUUUACUAUCACAGUUGUGGCAUAUGACACUAAAAACAAAAGCAUGAGCAGUGAAGCUACCAUAUUUAUCAAACUUAUCAAUGAAAACGAUAACAUACCAGAAUUUAUUGGUGCUCCUUUUCAAGGAAAGAUUUCAGAAAAUAGUAAGAGUAACACGUACAUCACUACUGUCAAGGCUCAAGAUGCUGAUUUAGGCUUGUUUGGACAGAUCAGCUACUUCUUGACAGAUGAUGCUAACAAGUUUGCCAUCAAUAGUACAACAGGAGAAGUUUACUCAUUGGUUGAUGAUCUUGACAGAGAGACGAAGGCGAAUUAUAUUUUGACAGUCUUAGCAAAAGAUUACAGUAACUUUACUGCACAAGCUCAGCUAUCCAUUGAUGUUGCUGACAUUGAUGACGAGACGCCAGUUUUCUUGAAUCUUGCUUAUGAAUAUAACAUCAAUGAAGAAGAAAUCAAAUCUUUGACUGGUUUCUAUGUUCAUGCUACUGACGCAGAUGAUCCAACAACAGCCAACAGCGUUGUAAACUAUACAUUAAUACAUACAGAGCCCAACAAUUAUUCAUCAUAUUUUAACAUGAACAUUUCAACAGGAGAGCUUAUGAUACUGAAAGCAUUAGAUUAUGAAGAGCUUGUUAGUCUAAAUCUAACAGUUCAGGCAACAGAUCAAGGGCUUGCUGCAUUGAGUGCUACUUCUCACAUCAGAGUUAAUGUUCUUGAUACCAAUGACAAUAGUCCCAUUUUUGAAUUGAACCCAUAUUCAUUUUCAGUACCUGAAAACUCAAUCAAAGGUACAGGGGUGGGCAGAGUGACAGCUAGUGACAAAGACGCUUCUGCGGGCAACAAUGAAGUGCUGUACAUGCUGGAUGCAUCCAGUGCUUUAAUCUUUGAGAUCAAUGCUUUGACUGGACAGAUAACAGUCAUAGACCAACUGGACAGGGAAGUGAAUGAAUUCUACAACAUCAUUGUGACUGCCUUUGACAACGGCUUCUCAAGUAGAACCAGCACAGUUGUAGUUCGUGUAGAAGUACUAGAUGCCAAUGACACGCCACCAAGAUUUAUUUGGAAUACAAAGUUAGAGUUUGUUAAGGAAAACUUUGUUGGCACUCUGGCAAGUAACCCAGCCUCAGACCCUGAUCUUACUGCAGACUUGCAUUAUUUUAUCAUAUGGUCAGAAAGCUCAGGGAUAAGUCCUGUGGCAGAAAGCUUUAGCUAUAAGUAUAUAAAGAGUUACCUAGAUAUAAAUGAAACAACUGGUGAAGUGUACACUCUAAUGCCUUUGGAUCGAGAGAUGAUUCAAAGAAUACAGUUAGCUCUACUUGUAAUAGAUGUCAAUGGAAUCAGCAAUUCACAAAACGAUACAGCUUUCCUGUCAAUUAUUAUUGAAGAUGAAAAUGACAAUGGACCCAAAUUUAUUGGAGGAGACCACUUUAUAGCCAAAAUUCCUGAAAACAUGCCGAAGGAUACAGAAUUGAAAUUAGAAGAUGUUUUGUACUUAACUGCGGUUGACUCUGAUGCUGUUGGAAAUAAUAAAUACUCCGUCUCUCUACACGGAAGCCAUGGCUUCACUCUGUCUCCUUCAGAGGGCGAAGGACAAACUAUUUUUACUAUCAGAGUUGCAGAUGAAAGCUUGUUGGACUACGAGAGAAGUCAGGAAAUAAUUGUCUUUGUUACUGCCACUGAUCUGAACUCAACUGGCAUCAAAAGUGUUACAGCUACUAUUACAGUGCAGAUCAUCAAUGAGAACGAUAAUGUUCCACAAUUUAUUGGUUUACCUUUCCAUGCAAAUCUCGUUGAGUCAAGUCCAAAGAAUACAAUUGUUUACAAAGUUCAAGCUGAAGAUAAUGAUUUAGGAGUUUAUGGACAGUUGAGUUAUUUUAUAGCAGAUGACUUCAACAAGUUUGGAAUAAAUCCGAAUACAGGAGACAUUUUCACACAGACGGCUGACAUUGAUCGUGAAGAUGUACCUUUAUAUACCCUGACUGUCACUGCUAUGGAUGGUGGCAGCUUCAAGACAGUCGCACAGCUAACAAUUCAUGUUACUGACAUUAAUGAUCAUGUGCCAACUUUCCAAAAAAGCAACUACAGUUUUGAGAUCAACAGUCGAUUCGUUCCUGAAAGGACUGGUUUGUUUGUUCAGGCAUAUGAUUUAGAUGAAUCAAAUUCAGUCAACAGUGACGUCACCUAUCAGCUGCUAACCACAGGAUCAGAUUUAGAAUCUAGUUUUGGUAUUGAUCCGUCCUCUGGAGAACUCUAUGUGAACUUACCACUAGAGAAUGAACAGACUACUCUUAGCAAGAAAGUUGUCUCGCUACAAGUUCAAGCCAAAGACAAGGGGCUUCCUUCCUUGUCAAGUACUGCGACAAUCAGUGUGACAAUAAUCUAUGACAAUCCUCUUUUCUUAUUAUCAGAUGUUGCUGUUGGUAAUGUCACAGCCACUGAUAAGGAUGGUACAUCACCGAACAAUGAAAUAUAUUAUGUUAUUCAGUCUGGUAGUCAGGAUAAGUUUCAGAUUGACAGCACUUCAGGUAGGAUCAAAGUUGGCCUUGGGGCAACCUUAGACAGAGAGGCUGUAACUAAAUACUUUCUUACAGUCCUUGCUGUUGAUAAAGGUACCCCAUCAAGAAGUUCCAGCACCCAAGUCAACAUUACAGUCACAGAUGUGAAUGAUGAGCUCCCAGUGAUUCUGAACGCUACCUCCUUGGUGGGAAAUGUCCGUGAAGAUGCCAAGCCCAAUUUUCCAGUGAUGCAAGUUUCAGCUUCUGAUCCUGAUGUCAACAACAAUUUACAGUAUUAUUUGUUUUGGAAUGAAUCCAAAGCAUCCGAUGAAAAAGAUAGAAAUGUGGAUAUUUCUCUUUUGACAAACUGGUUUGAGAUAAAUGGAACGACUGGUGAGAUUUAUGUGAACUCAACAUUAGACAGAGAAACAGCUCAACAGAUUAUUCUGAAAAUUGUGGUGCAAGAUAUGAAUGCUGAGCAGAGGGCCCCACAAACAGCAACAGCCUCUGCCACAAUCCUACUGACAGAUGUCAAUGACAAUCGUCCAGUGAUACAUUUAGAUGGUCAGCAGAGCAUGCUCCACUUAAAUGUAUCAGAAGGCACUAAGAUUGGAACUGAAGUGACCACGUUAUUAGCAACUGAUGCAGACAAAGAUCAGGAUGUUACAUUCAGUGUUAAUGAUUCUUAUUAUUUCACCAUCAGUCCCAAUGGUAGACUCAAAUUAAACAAGCCACUUGACAGGGAGAACCAAUCCACAGUUUCCUUCAUUAUAGUAGCUCAAGAUGAUGGCAACCCUCCUCUCUCUUCCAACAUAACAGUGGAUAUAACAGUCUUGGACAUCAAUGACAAUGAUCCUGAGUUUAUCGGAAACCAAACAGUCUUUCAAGUUUUGGAAAAUUCAAAUCUGUCAACCUCUAUAUGCAACAUCACUGCCACUGACAAGGAUGAGGGAGCUAAUGCAUUAGUGACUUACACGUUUAGAGAUGAAACAGCACUAUUUAAUAUCAGCUCUCAAACUGGGGAAAUAACUGUUGCUGGCUCAUUAGACAGAGAGAAACAAUCAGUGUAUACUCUAACUGUAUUGGCGACAGACAAUCCAGAACUGGAACAAAGAAGACGAGCUUCAUUGGUCAUACAGAUAGAGCUAUUAGAUGUGAAUGACAAUGAUCCUCAUUUUAAUAUCCCUCCAGGGGUGAGCUAUAUAGCCAAAAUUGCAGAAGAUCGUAAAAUCAAUGAUAUUGUCAAUAUACAGCCUCAGCCAAUCUCAGCUACUGAUGCAGACGUUGGUCAGAAUGCAAAAGUUACGUACUCAUUAGUGCCUUCCAACGUCAGUUAUUUUAACAUUAAUCCUCAAACUGGUCAAGUCUUUGUUAAUGAAAGUAUGCUGGGUGCACCAGGAGACUACAGUUUGGAAGUGAAAGCCAUAGAUCAGGGCAACCCCCCUCGAUCAAACUUGACUAAUUUACACAUUACAAUACUUGACGUUAAUAAUAAUAACCCAUAUUUUGUGAAUGGUGGUCCAGUCCCAUCAAUACCAGAAUGUUUUGGCCUAGCAACUGCUGUUUACACGUUUAAAGCAGACGAUAAUGACACUGACAAAACCUCCAAUGCGCUUGUCAAGUAUUAUCUUCUAAACAGCACUGAGUUUCCAGAUGCUGGCUAUUUUCUUUUGAAUCCUGACAGUGGAAUGCUUAGCCUUGAGAAGAAACUUUCCAGUGAACAAAAAGAUCUGCUCAAGAUUCAAGUUCAAGCGGAAGAUAGUGGUGACCCGCCUCGCAAAUCAGAAGUCUUACAACUGAAUAUAAAUGUUUUAGACAUCAACGACCAUCCACCAGAGUUUAUUGAGAAUCAAAACACAUUGUUUUCAGUUAAAGAAGAGUCAAUUGGUCAUGUGGAAAUAGGAACAGUUUUUGUAACUGAUAGGGAUAGAUACUCUCUAUUAAAAUGUGACAUUGAUGAUCCUGUGAAUCCAUAUAAAGACUACUUUGAGAUUACAACUUCAGAUGGGAAAUGCACUAUCAUGGGCAUCAAACCAUUCGACAGAGAAAAUGUCAGCCAUGUUAAUUUGAAUCUUGUAGUUGAGGACAGUGCUCAUGAUAAUAUUGCUUGCCAAACGAAUUCAGGGAAAGACAACACGCAGUCAAGUCCUAAGUCAGUGACCAUAAAUAUUGUGGACAUCAAUGACAACCCGCCAGUUUUUAUCACACAGUCACUUUCCAAAGGAUUUUUGUCCAGUUCUGAAGUGGAAAAAGUUAUACUUAAUUUAAAUGAUUAUGUCACAGAUAGAGAUACUGAUGCCAACAGCAAACAUCAGUUUUAUCAGUUGGGUAAACUGGAGGCUGAUGAGGAUUUAUCCAAGGGAUGGUUAGUGAAUUCACUGCCAGAUCCUAUCAAAGUAGAUAUCAAUGGUUCCAUUAAGACUAACUACAAGUUUCCUGAAGAUCAUUAUGGUGCAAUCAGUUUAACUGUUUUGGUCAAUGAUACUGCAGGAAAUGACACACUCAAUCUUAAAAUAUUUGUUGUUGGCAGUCCCCAAGUUGUUGAGUUUUCAUUUUAUAAAAGUGAAGAUGAACUACGGAGACUUCAGCAAGACAUUGCCAAAGAACUCAGUGAUUCCUCAAUAGAAUUUGUUCCUGAUGAUAUUGUAUCUUUCAAAGAUGAGAACAAUGAUGUGGAUGGAUCCAAAUCUAUUCUUCUUAUGCAUGCCUUACAGAAUGGUAAAAUAAUUGACGCUUCACGUCUCAAAGAAAUACUAGACCAUCAAAGACAAAAGAUUGAAACUUUGCAGGGAUUUAAAAUUAUCAAAACUGAAACACAAGAAGAAGCUUUGAAAAUGAAGAAAGAAACUAAUGACACUGAUAGAAUUCAGUACAUACUGAUUGGAAUUAUUGCUGCCAUUGCUUUGACCUUUAUUAUUACUCUGGCCAUGCUCAUUCACAAUAUAGGAAGGUUUAAAAGGAAAUUGAAAGCAGCAACAAUAGAAGUUCAUGGUCUAGAGCCAAUGAAAUUCCCAGGUCUUGACAAUCCAUUAAAAGAUUCCAAUCCAAUAUUUAAUAGAGAUGAUGCCACCUUAGAUAGUGAUUCAGACAGUGGUCACAAUUAUGAUUCUUACAGCCAAAGAUCUGACAACUCUUUAGACAAGAAUGCUUUGGGUCAACAAGAGUACGCAGAAGAUGAACAGGAAGUGGUCAUGAACAUGUAUGGUGGUGAUGACGCCUACCCCAAUCUGCCGAGUCCACUCCAGUACUUGAAUGAUGUGUUUGUAGACGAUGAAAGGUCAGGACCUAUGCAAAGACACAGUGAUCCAUCUCAGCCGUAUGACAGGGAAGAAGAGGAUGAAGUUUUUGAUUUUGAUGCAAAUCAGUUUGAAUCAACUGAUAUUUGAAAACUUCAAUUUUGCUGGUACACAAGUGUAUUAUGAAUCUUUAAGUUAUAAUGUUUUGGUCUUUAUUCAACUUUAUUAUUACAUUCCAUAGAAAGAAUAACAAAUAUGUAUGUCUGAAACUUGAUACAAGAAUUUAAACUAUUUCUUUGAAAUGUCCAACUAGUAAAUAUAAAACAUCCUACUGAGCCAGAAGUGUACCUAGCGGUCUGAGGGGGUUGUUGGUCACACGGGGCAUCAGGUGGUGAGUGACUUCAAAGUACUCUCCAGUAUGUAUAUAAACCUUUUUUAAUCUGAGAUCUUGAUUUAUCAAUCUGCCUGUAGAAAGUCCAUGCUCUGUCAGCACAAUCUGUUGUAUAAGAGUGUCAUAAGUCAAAUUUUGAGAAAAACUGAAGUCUGAAUUGUCUGUUGUCUCAAAGAAAGGAGCUACCCCACUAGGUAUUAAAUAUUCUAGGUGCACCACUCUCAGAGCUUAUUUGUUGAUCUUGUAGAAAUGGAUUCCAGAGAAAGAGAAACUCAAAUACAUUUUAAAAAAAUUCUGUCCUUUGAAGAAAUGAAUGAACACAGACUUUUAUUUUUAAAUAUUAUUUUCUUGGAAAACUUUAAAAAAAAAAAGUUUAAACAGGUUAUAGGCAAUUUUUUUUUUAAAUUUGUAAAGUGAUUAUAUGAUACUCAUAAUGUAAACAAAUGUACAUUAUACACUAAUUGUUUAUGUAACUUGUACGCCAAAUUGUAUUUGUAACAUAUUUGUAAACUUUUUGGCAUCACAAUUAUUUUACUUUCAUUUUCAAAGAAUUAAAAAUAGGUCUGACUGAACUUAACACAGAAUAGGCUCUAUUGUGCCCAAGUGUCUAGCUUUUAGCCAAAUGUUACUAUUUUUAAAUCUGACCUUAAGGGGUAAAAGGGAGUUAAAUGCCUUUAAAAUGGUAUGCAGUUUUCAAAACAACUGGCUUCUAGUAUGUCUUUGAUAAUUGUGCGUAACACAAUCAUUGAUUUUAAUAUUUGAAGCAAGUGCCAAGCACAGGGUUGUUUUGAAAUAACAGCUACUUAAACCAUAGUUAAGGUUUGGACUAGGAAAAUGUGAUAUUUUGAUAAAUCAUCUCAAUACUUUGUAAAAUAAUCCAGAUACAUACACAAUGAAUGGCAUUAUUAAGACACCCAAUCAUUCUUUUGACUAGUUUCUUUGUGUAGGAUAUUUUUGCAUAUGGGAAGCGUGGUCGAGAGGCCAAGUGCGCUUGAACUUGGCUUGGCUUGGCUACCUAGAAGGGGGCUCGAGGUUCGACACCCGACUUGGGCAGAGUUGCGCCUAAAGGCAGCAUGGAAAACCAACUCCUAGAUACCCCCUCCCCCCACUGGUCCACAAAUGAGAUUGGACCAAAAGCGCUCUGAGCAUGCUAUAAGCAUGAAAGUAGCGCUAUAUAAAAGCUAUAAUAAUAAUAUGCAAAGUUAAACAAUUUUUAUCAGUUUGUAUUUAACAUGGGUGGGAAUAUUUUUGGUUACUAAACCAUUUUAACAAGUUGAAAAUUUCAAUGUAGCCAACUCUUAAUCUUGUGUUUUGAUCUGUCAACACUUUCGCUGUAAUUCAUUUUGUUAAUAAAACAA